GAAUAAUUUUGCACGCCCAAUUUUUCUGUUUUUUAUUUGUUAAAAAAUGUUGAAAUAUCCAAUACAUUUCGUUUCACUUCAUGUUUGUGUCCCACUCGUUGUUGAUUCGUCACAAAAAAUACAGUUUGAUAUCUUUAUGUUUAAAGCCUGAAAUGUGGCAAAAGGUUGAAAAGUUCAAGGGGGACGAAUACUUUCGCAAGGCACUGUACGUGAUAUAAGACGUAUAUUUCUAGUAACUUGUUCUAUUUUCUAUCUAGUUGUCUGCUCUCUCUGACUGUCUUUGUGUCUCUGUGUGAAGUUAAGCAUUCCCACACUUCUUCAGUUACGGUUUCACCAUUUUCAGUGCUAAAAAACAUCUUUCAGGACAGAGUGAUUCUGCCCGGAUAGCCAUGCGGCCACUGCACCUGUUAAAGUCUGAUCAUGCAGAAAGUAUUUUUCUAUUCUGUAUGGCAGACUGCACAGAAAAAUCCUUAAUGUUUUUUGCAUAGGCUAUCUUUAAAAAUCAUUUAUUACUAUUUGUAAAGAAGACUCCUGCGAAGUUUCUGUGAAAUGGUCCCCAAAAAACAAUAAGAAAAGUUUAAUUCUUACAAAUUUCUCUGAAGUAGUUAGUGAAUGUUGAUCUUUGGUGCUUAAAUUCUUUCUGUGCAUUUGAAUUAUAUAAGAAGGAAAAGAAUGAACUCCUGUUAAGUUUGGAAACAAUUUAUAUAGUUUUCAGAACACGUACGGAAUGCUAUUCUUGUUUGUCAUGAGUUUAAAAUAUAAUAAACCAAGUCUUAAUUAUUGACAAAUGUUCUGAACAAACUCGCUAACAAUCAUUUCUAGAGACAAGUAAAUCUGUUUGAAUCUCACGCUGCAGAUCCCUAAGGUUUCUGGUGUUCUACCUCAAAGUGUGAAAAUCCAAAAUGUCAUCUGUUUGUUUGCAUCACAUGUUGACUGAAUUUCUUCUACAGCCCGUUUGCGUACGUGGACCCAUUGCAUUGUAAUAUGGCAUAUUUGUACCUGGAGCUCCUCAAGGACUCCCUCAACGAGUAUGCAUAUGCAGCCGAGCUAGCUGGCUUGAACUAUGACCUUCAAAAUACCGUCUAUGGGAUGUAUCUGUCAGUCAAAGGGUACAACGAUAAGCAGCACAUCCUGCUGAAGAAGAUCAUUGAGAAGAUGGCGACUUUCGAAAUAAAUGAGAGGCGCUUUGACAUCAUCAAAGAAGCAUACAUGAGGUCUCUGAAUAACUUCAGAGCUGAGCAGCCUCACCAGCAUGCUAUGUAUUACCUUCGACUGUUAAUGACCGAAGUUGCUUGGACCAAAGAUGAGCUGAAAGAAGCGCUAGAUG